UGACGUCCGUCGUACGGCAUGGGAUGCAUCUGACAGUAAGCCGGCAUGUGAUUGGCCAUUAGCCGGUCUGUUGUGCCUCGCGUUCGGCUCUCCGCAGCUCAACCACAAUAUUUGAAGCCCGCCAAAGACAUACGCAGUAACCGACCCCGAUCACUGCAAAAUCAUCGCCAAUUAGACAAUACUCAAGCACCUCACAAACCACAAUGUCCGGAAAACAUCCCAAGCAUCCCGCGACGGUCCACUUCCCGCUGACCUUUACCUUCCUGACGGGAGUUCUCGAUGCCAUCUACCUAGCCUCGGUGACACCGGCGACCUCCGGUACUGUCGCAACCGUGUUCAAGACCCUCGACAUUGCCAUUCCGACAUCUCUUCUGCCCACGCUCUCCUACUAUUCCACCAUCCUCACGCUCCUCACCGCGAUCCCGGCAGUCAUCUCCGGCGCCCUCGAGCUCCAGCCCGUCAUCGCGCGUGAUGGUUUUAGCUCCAAGAAGGCCCAGGCUGGAGUCUCGCAUGCUCUUGUCAACGACAUUGCAUUGUUUGGUGCGGCAUACAACUGGUGGGUGAGGAGGAGUACGACGGGCUUCGUGCCUGAUACGACCAACGUUGCCAUCAGUGCAGCCCUCGCGCUGCCCGCGAGCUUUUUCGCGGCAUACUUAGGCGGACAGCUCGUCUAUCAGUAUGGCAUGGGUGUUGGACGCGGCAGCAGCGCUGCGAGGAAGGCGCAGUAGCGGGCGAAGACAUGGGCUGACAAUUGAGACGGUACGGGAAAAGCACUAUAACAUAACAUGCUAUUUGAACGUUGAUUUUAGAUCCCGCUCACAAUGCGGAUCACAGGAGCUGAAAGGACUCAGUCUCUACAGGCCUUAUGUUCUGUCUAGCAAAGAUAUCAGAAUAUAUGAUCAGCUGCGUGCUUUACAGGG